CAGAAUAAGGUUUGAAGAGUCCCGAAAAUUUCACUUUUGCGGUUCCGAGACUCGGUCGUCUUCUCGCAUUCAUUGUUUCUCGACACCAGAACGCAGAAUGAACUCGCUGCGGACAAUGUUUAGCCUUGUGCGGAGGACGGUGAUGGCUCCGCCGCCGACGAUGCGGGUUGGUGGUCGAUACACUCAGGUUCGGUUUCAUCAGUAUGAUCCCCAACGCGUCGCGGUGCGAAAGCAGCACAAAGGCCGUGUGCCGAUUCGCACGGGUGGAUCAACCAAAGGCACGAUGCUUGAGUUUGGCAACUACGGACUUCGGUUACUUUCAGAUGGUGUGCGUAUUUCUGCCAAGCAGAUGAAGGAGGCUGAGAACGUCAUGAUGCGCCUCGUGAGACCGUUGCCGGGCGUGAGCAUCUUCCCGCGGUUGACGACUAAUGUUGCUGUGUGCACGAAGGGAAAUGAGACGCGUAUGGGUAAAGGAAAAGGACCGUUUGACUACUGGGCAGUGCGCGUCGCGACAGGCAAGAUCCUGCUCGAGCUCACGGGCGAGAUCCACGAGCAAGUAGCCAAGCAGGCGUUCAAGCUUGCUGCGCAGAAGCUCCCUGGCAAGUACGAGGUGGUUACGAAAAAGACCAACACGGCGAUGAUGGGUUUCAUAAAGACAACGCCGGCGCCGGUGGAGAACAUUUUUGAGAAGCUGGAUCGCGAGCCGACGAAGGAUUGGGCGAUAAAGCAGAAGGGCAAGUCUCCUAGCUUUAAAUGCUUCCGGCCUUGAUUGUGUUUGUAUUUGAUGAUUGCAUGUACAUAGUUUCAAGAAUCUAUCUCUAUUUAGUAAUAUCUUACGC